GGUAGCGUUGCACGGUUACGGUUGCUAUGGAGGGCCUAGCGCCCCCUCGCCGCUCUCUCGCCCCGACAAAGCUUUGAUUUGCGGAGAUGGUGAUGAAGCAAACGAUCCAGAUCUAUGCCCGGGUCAAGCCCCUCGGCAGGAGGCAGCCGACGGGGAUAUAUUCAGUUGAACAAGAUGAGGCAUCAGCAUUCAGUUUGGAGAUUAUUGUGCCACGUGAUUUGGCAGAUGGAUUUGUCAAUAACAAACGAGAAAGCUACAAAUUUAAAUUUCAGAAAGUUUUUGAUCAGGAAUCAAAACAGGAUGAAAUUUUUGAAGCCAUUGCCAAGCCGGUUGCAGAAUGUGCUCUAGCUGGCUAUAAUGGCACCAUAUUUGCUUAUGGACAGACGGGCAGUGGCAAGACCUUUACCAUUACAGGAGGAGCAGAACGUUACAGUGAUAGGGGCAUAAUUCCACGGACACUAUCUUACAUAUUUCAGCAGUUGCAGAAGGAUAGCAGCAAAGUAUACACAACACAAAUUUCCUACUUAGAAAUUUAUAAUGAGUGUGGUUAUGAUCUGCUGGACCCGCGGCAUGAAGCCUCCAGACUAGAAGAUUUGCCAAAGGUGACAAUAAUGGAAGAUCCUGAUCAGAACAUUCAUCUGAAACAUCUCUCUUUGCAGCAAGCAACCAAUGAGGAGGAAGCACUGAACCUUCUUUUCUUAGGAGACACUAACAGGAUGAUUGCAGAGACUCCAAUGAAUCAAGCCUCCACUCGUUCACAUUGCAUUUUCACCAUUCACAUCUCGAGCAAAGAGCCAGGUUCUGCAACCAUUCGACGCUCCAAACUACAUUUAGUGGAUCUGGCUGGUUCAGAGCGUGUUGGAAAGACUGGGGUUGGAGGCCAGUUGCUGACAGAAGCCAAAUAUAUCAAUCUGUCAUUACAUUACUUGGAACAGGUAAUCAUUGCUCUGUCGGAGAAGAAUAGGUCUCAUAUUCCCUACAGGAAUUCUAUGAUGACCUCGGUGCUAAGAGACAGCCUAGGAGGGAACUGUAUGACCACAAUGAUUGCCACACUCUCAAUAGACAAAAGGAACAUAGAUGAAUCAAUAUCAACUUGUAGAUUUGCUCAGCGGGUUGCCCUUAUUAAGAAUGAAGCCAUUCUAAAUGAGGAAAUUGACCCCAGACUGAUAAUAGCACGACUAAAGAAGCAGGUUCAGGACCUAAGAAAUGAACUGGCCAUGGUGACUGGGGAACAAAGGCAAGAAGAACUGACAGAGGAAGAGCUACAACAGGUAGACGAACAGAUUAAAAGUUUUUUGGAAGAUAUGGAUCCUGAGAGCACAUUGGAGUUAGGAGCUGAUAUGCGGAAGAUCAAACACUCUUUCAACCAUUUAAAGAGAUUGGUUAAUAAUGCAAAGUUACCUAACAACCAUCUGCUUGCGUCAGACACUAAUAAUUCAAUUGGGCAUGAAGAGUUGAAGAAGUUGAAGGAUCUUCUGCAGCAACGAGACAAUGAAAUCAAUAUUUUAGUAAAUAUGUUAAAGAAGGAAAAAAAGAAAGCACAAGAUGCUCUUCUCCAACUCAGUGCUUCACCCAAGGAGAUUGCAACCUCAGAAAGUGAGAUGUUUCCUGUCACUUUGGAAAAUAGAUCCCGUUUACUUCACAGGAACACAGGAGUGAGAGGAGAAAUGUCACUUGGACGUAAGGAAGCCUUUGAAAUUUUCAAGAGAGAUUAUGCUGAUAGCAUAACCAUUGAAGACAAUAAGCAGCUCCUUAAGCAAAGGUUUGCUGAAGCAAAAUCUAUGGGAGAAAAAGUCAAUGAAAUAAGAAACAAAAUCAAUCAUUUGAAAGAGGAGAUAAACCAGCGGCACAUGCAGAAAGCAGCUCAAGCUGUUGUCAGUCCUCGGCAAAUGAAUGAGCCUGACCCAAUAGAAGAGACACUUCGGACACAAAUUGAACAAGAGAAGAAAAGUUACAAAACAAUGUUUACACACUUGAAAGGAAUGAAGAUAGAGAUUGAGCACUUGCAGCUACUUAUGGAAAAAGCCAAGGUGAAGUUGCAAAAAGACUUUGAAAUUUGGUGGUCUGAGGAGGCGAGAAACUUGCAGGAAGAAAAGCCACUUCUACAAAAUUCAACCAGUGCAGUAAAGAUUCCUCCCUUGCUUCUUGAAGCCCAACCACAUUCAUACUCUACCAGGGUUCCAAAUAACAGCAGAGCCAGCUUCUAUGAAGAGCAUUCUGUGAAGAGCAGUGUGAGCAGUAACUCACCCUCAAAAGCAAGGAUUUCACCGGUCCAAAGUUCAUCUAUCUCCUUCACAGGAGACCACCAAACAGAUGCUGACAUUCUAGCUUUCAUUAGGGCCAGGCAGAAUCUCAUACAAAAGAAAGGAUUGGGAAACAAAUGAAUUUUGUCAUACAACAAGCUGCCAUUUCAAAAUAAAAACUAGCAGUGCAGAGCUACUGCAACACCAAAUGAAUGGACCUUUGAGCUGCAGCUGAAUUUACAGGAGGCAAAAAUCAUUGGUUUUGUCCAAGGAAUAACAUGACAAAACGUAAGCAACUGAAGAGGAUAUCCUAGCUUAUGAUAUGGGGAAUCGGAUGGCCAUUUUAUGUAGCUUGUAAAUGUUUCGAUUAUUUAGCAAUUCUAAUAACACUUUUCCGUGCCUAGCACAAGCAGAAGAACUCUUUGCCUGGGAUAUUUUUUUUAUCCCUGGGAAUCUUAUGAAAGAGUUGCCCAGUUCUCCGCAGGUUGGAUUUACACAUCAUGUUAGUGUUUUGGGGUUUUUUUGGCUUUGGUUUGCUUUGGCUCAGUAGCACUGUGCAAAACGCAUCAAUUAUUUUUAUCCCUUAUAAUUAUAUUUAGAGCUGUUAAUUUAAUACCAACAAACUUUUUUAAAAAAAAAUGUGAAAAGCCAACUUUCAUAUAUUUGGAUAUUAUGAAUUAGAUUGCUAAAUCUGAUCUUCAUUAUAAAAGGAAAUUUUCAUAGCUAUAUUUGCAAAAGAAUGAGGUUGUUAGUUAAAUUGUAGUCCAUGGAGUCCUAGUCUGUGAAGUUGAGAGCUCUGUGUUUUUAAACUGCUGGAUUAUUUUUCCAAAUCUGUUUUUGCUUUUUUGCAUAUAGGAUUUCCAUUAUUGCCCUUGAGAUGCUGAGAACCUGUAUGUUUGUGGACCCUCUUCCCCUCUAUUUUUGGAUAAUGUGUUAUCAUCAACUAUUGUUGGAAAUGUUUGUGCUCAAAAAUCAGUUCCUGUUCAGGGCUUUGCUGAACGAUGACUGCCAUAUAUCAGAAAAUAAUAUGUUACUAAAUACAGAAAGACCACCAAAAAAAACAUCACUUGACACAAGCUGAGAAUUAAUCAAUGUGUAAAGGAAAAUUGUAAUGUUUAUCCUGAAUUUCUCCUCUUUAUGUCAGUAAAAUCCACAUUCUAAAACUUCUAGACAAUGAGCUUUACAUCAGAGAUUCACAGAAUUUGUCAUGGUUGGCAUGUGAAGUGUGUUUGCAUGUAUUUUACAUUUGCAUGCAUUUUAUUUGUGGGGGCUCAGUAAAGCUAAAUAAAGACACUCUCACUCAGAGAAAUAGAGAGAUGGGUAGAGAGAACAACAGCCAUAUGCAAUUGAAUGUUUUAUUUUUCGAGCUGACUACACAUUUUCUGCAAAUGACCCUGAGCCCUGGGAUUUAUCUCUUUUUUUAGAAAAACAAUCUAUGACCUAUGGGAUAUUGGCACUCAGAAGCAAUAUGUGCGGGAAGGAGGGUGUUUAACCUUUUUUCAUGUCUGUAUCUUUGCCACUCCAAAUUACCAGUUCCCAGUUCCUUGGCCCCAUAUGAGAUGGAGGGAUCAAGAGAAGAUCGAAAAGGUUGAGCAGUUCCUCUCUCACCAUGACUUCUCUGCUCUGAAUUCUCCUUCCUGGAGCUGCUUUCUUUCCUUCCUGUCUCUAUUAUAACACAAUGUGUAAUGAACCAGUUUCCCAGAGGAGAGCCUUGAAACAACUAUAUGACGGUUGUGUCUAAGGAAGCCAUGUGAGCCAUUUAAUCCAACCAUCUUCUCAUUGCAGGACAUCCAUAGCUAGAGCAUCCUCAGCGGCUAAAUAUAUCUAGUUCCUUGAACUUUUCCUCAUAGCACCUGCCCUUCAUACUGGCAGCUAUCCAUAUUACCCUCUUCUGAACCUGUUCCUAUUUGUCUAUGGUGCUCAGAACUAGAAGUUAUCCUUCCCAUGAUUUGGUAUCUAUGGUUAUUUUAGAUAAAGCGUAAAGGGGCCCCUGAUCAUCAGGUCCAGUCGUGUCCGACUCUGGGGUUGCGGCGCUCAUCUCGCUCUAUAGGCCAAGGGAGCCGGCGUUUGU